CAAAAUGACACAAAACCGGCUUUCGUCGUCAGUUUGCACUCAGUCCUAAUCGAGCCUGCACGUGAGACAAGACGUGUUCUGCUGGGGAUCGGAGAUUAGAAUACGAUGAAGGCGUUUGCUGUGAGUUUCAUCCUGUGCUCGUUGAUCGCAGUAGCCCUUGCCGGUCAAGGCAUCUUGCUGAAUGCGACUCAUCCAGAUCACCCGGGAAAAUGCUAUGAUCCGACAUCGAAAUUGGUGUUCGAUCCUGAUGAGGAGAAAUCUGUCCCUGAAGCGUGCGUUCAAGCUUAUUGUUCCAAAGAUUUGUCUUUGACAUACACCAGCUGUCUGCUUGCGGUGGUAGAUGACCCUAACUGCACUAAGAUCAAACAAGAUUUGACCAAGAAAUACCCAGAAUGUUGCGUCAGAUAUAAAUGCGUUCAUGACGGUAAAGUGAGCUAUCACUGAUCUAUCCAUAAUAAACAGGCAUUUGUGUAAUUUCUUUAUUUAGUUAUCAUAUCUUGAUUGUUUGCAAAUAAAAUAUGUGAAUCACCAGUACCC